CUCUUUUCCUCUCUAACCUCCAGCUUCGGGUAUAAACCCUAUCUUUUUUUGUCUUUCACUCUUUCAGAAAUUAGAAGCUAAAUUCGAAGAAGCAAUGUCGAGCAUACCGGAAGAGAUCUAUCAUGAGAUCCUAUUAAGAUUACCAGUGGAAUCAUUACUUGUCUGUAAGUCCGUUUGCAGAAAUUAGUAUGCCCUAAUCACUUCAUCCGAUUUCAUUAAAUCGCAUUUUGACCUUACUGUCCAGAAAAAUAACCCUAUUCUUAUGGUUAGUAGUUAUAACACUAAAGUAGUCUACUCCAUAGAUUAUGAUUCAUUAGUAUCAGCAGUUUCUGAAUAUGAAACGUAUUCAAUCGAUGAUAAAAUUGAUUACCCAUUCAAAUCUCUAGGUUAUGGUGUUGAAUUGUUGGCUUCAUGUAAUGGCCUUGUUUGCGUAAGGUCGUAUAAUUGCAGCCUUGGGAAGCAAUAUUUUUGUCUUUGGAACCCAGCCACAAGAGAAUAUAAAGAAAUACCCAAAUUACCAUUUGGAUUUGAUAAUGGCAGUGUUGGAUUAUUUGGUCUUGGUUAUGGUCACAAAAUUGACGAUUACAAGUUGGUAAUAGGCGUAGAAGCUCGCGGAAGCAAGGAUAUUAAGCUACUCUACAUCUAUACGUUAGCAUCCAAUUCAUGGAAAAUCAAAAAAAUGAUACCUCUUUGGAAUACUAAUGAUAUUAGACAAAACUCGGGGGUGGUUGUUAAUGGAGACCUUCAUUGGUUAGUUCUAGGUCAAAACGACAUUUCGUUAUGGUCUUUGGAUGUCAAUGACGAGAAUUUCAAAGAAAUGCAGCUACCGAAAGAACUUUUGGUGGAGGUGAAGGAUCGGUUUCUGGUUCUGGGACUGUUGAAAGGCUGCCUUUGCAUACUUGUCGGGGCAUAUGUUAAUGAUGUUCAUGUUCAUUCUGAAUUAUGGGAGAUGCUUGAUUAUGAAAGUCAAGAAUUUUGGACGAGACGCUAUAUCAUUACUAAUGAGAGCAUUUUCAGGGACCAAAGAUUUUUAACGAUGAUCUGGUCAUUUGAGGAUGGUAAGAUUUUAUUCACGAGUGCGGGUUUUGUAAUUUUGUAUGACCCAGAACAUGGAAGCUCUAUAACACUAAAUAUUUUUGAUUUUUUUUGUAACUUGAAAUAUUUUGGAAGCUUAAUGCCACUUAAAUCUGGUACUUAUGUUCCGGGGAAAGGGUGAACAGAGGAAAUUCGAGAAACCUGAAGAAGAAAAAGCAUUAGACAGGAGAAAAAUGGGUGGAACUGAAUUUGCUGUUGGUUUUUGUUAUUACCUCUAUUCCUGCAGUUUCUGUCAUCAGUUUUUAGUGAAUUAUCAGCGAGUUACAAAAUUAGUACUAUGUUUUGUUUCGGAUCUUAAAAGUUUUCUUCCAAUUUUCAAACACUUAUUUAUAUCCUUGUUAUAAUGAAUAUCUUUGUUCUGUCAGCCUCUUAGAUUGUUGACUGAUGGAAUUUGCUUUACAGAGAUCCCGCUGGGUUGUUUUCUUUUUAUCUUAUUGAAGUAACUCAGGUGCUAUUAUCCAUUUUUUCGUAGUUAUGUUUAUAAUAUGUUCAAAGAACUGGUAUGAUACUGGUUCCAGUAUUCUAGGACGUAUGUUGCAACGAUUCUGGGAGAUCCCUCUGCUGCAGGUAACGGUGCACCUAAGAAUGAAGCACUUGAAAAGUGGGAAUGCGUCUAUCUGGUGAAACAGAAGCAAACAGUAUUUGGAGACGACACCUUUCACUCGCCUAAUUAUGAAGCAACCUGAGUUUCCGAAUCGGUCCCGAGUCUAUUUACUGUGACCAGAAACGAGAAGAUGCCAGUUAGACCAGGGAAAUAACGUGAUCUCGGACACCAGAAGAAACGAAAGUGCUGCUUCAACAAUUCCACUCUUUUCCACUAGUGGGAGCCCUCUCCAACCUAUCAUAUCUAUCUCUUCACAAGUUCUGCAGUAAAACCCAGCAUUUGUCCGUAACGCAAUAUAUUGCCUGGAGAAAUUUAUAAUCUUCCCAAACCCGCGUAUCGAUAUCCUCAUUGGUGGACAAAUGCAUCAUAUCUCCUGUGUAGAUCCCUAAAAAAAGGCCUGUCAAGUUAAUAAUGUCAGACAGAUACAUGUAGGUACUGGAUUGAGAGAAUACAACUCAAUCUGUGUUUUCUGCGACUACGAAACCAUCCUUCUAGAUAGUGUGACAUGCCAGGCCUCUGUUUGUGCCUAUUGGCUAAUCAUUAAUAUGUAUUUUUCUAUCUUACAGAGGAUGUGUAAUCUGGAGUAAGUGAUUAACUGCUCUUUUUCCUCGAAGCGAAUAUAAGGAACCUACGUAUUUACUUGUUGUACCAGCAGGCAAUCAAGUUUCGAUUUUUACUUUUA